AUGGCGGCCUUCCUUCUGAACCUCUGCUUCUUCGUCGUCUUCCUGAUCGACCUAUGUGCUGGUCAAGAGCCACUGUUACACCUGCCCCAUAAUUUCACGCUCGCAGCUGUCAAUGUCACCCUGCCUAAUGCCAACAGGACGGGGGCGCCUCUAGUACUUGGACAAAAUGGUGCAUCGUCUGGGAUAUCGUUCUAUGUAACCUCGACUUACGCAUCAUUCCCGUACAACGACUAUCCUACUCUCGCCAUGCGAGACGGCGGCCUGCGGGCCUACACAUCGUCGGGUCGAUGGAUCACGAACGCGACGGAGGUCAGGAGCGGCGGUACCCUGGGCUGGGUGACGACGACCAUCUAUGCUGCUCCAGCGCCCAAGGUCUAUUCCGCUGUCAGGGUGCCUGCAUACAAGCAUCAUCUCCUCGCAGCACAUGGGUUCCACAACCUAUGGUCACUGUGCCCAUUCCAUGGCACCUAUCCGCAGACGAACGUCGUCUUCAACGUGUCUGAGGCCAUCGAGAACCCCCCGCCCACCUUUGAUCCGACAAAGUGCUAUCCAGUGCGAAUUAAUAUCAUCCCGGUCAACGAGGCGUGA